UGGUUAUUGAUUUAAAUAAUAUUCUACUAACGAUUAAUUGGUUGAUUCAAGGCGAAUUAAUCAUAAAACGAGUGAAUUUUAUAAUUUUUAUAUGAAUUUUACACUUCUUGGACCAUUAUCCGUGCAAAUCGAUUAACCGGCAACUGUCCGGUCCCGAGCUGCCCGAAUAAUCGACGUUCUACUGUACUUUAUUCGCAAAAUAAUAAUUCAGCGAUAGCUCAUUCCUCUCUUGUUUACUGUUCGUAUCAAGCUUGUCAGCUGGGGGAUGCGCGGAUUUGUUUUGCGCGGCUUUUUAUCUGUCAAAUAAUCAGUUGCAUUGUGUCCGGAUUCGCACGAACAGAUCAGAGCAAUCCGCGUUUUAUCCUUGCAUCGUUUGCCUCUGGUUGUGCAGAGAUUUGGAAGCCGCUACAAUUGUUUUUGUGCUAAUUAACAGCCAUAAAUACACACAUCGAAUUAAAUCAUAUUGUGUGCGAUCGUUUUUGAGCGAAGCCGCAAUGAAUGUCCUCGAUCAGGAAGUAUUGGACGCUCUGCAGCGGGAGGAACACUGUACGACCCACCUGUUCGAAGAACUGUGGACCGGUUCGCUCGAACCUGCUUUGGACAUUGCGAUUGGACACAAUCCUCAUGCGGAACAUUCGGUACAGAUAAUCGCUCGGAUAGUGGAGGAAUGCCUUAGCGAGUUUCCGUUUCGAGAAUUCCUGCAAUUGCACAACGAGGUGAAGUACGAUGAGCAAGCGGCGAAGCUGCGCACCGAAGGGAACAAAAUGGUUGACCCGAAAGUGAAGCGCCUGUACGAGGCAGUGAAGUUGUACAACGAAAGCAUCACGUACACGAAGCCUGGAUCGACGGAACGAUCGCUAGCCUAUGCCAACCGAUCGGUAGUGUGUCUGCAGAUGCACCGGUACGAGGAGUGUUUGGCGAACAUCCGGCUUGCUCGCGAGGCCAACUAUCCGGCCCGGUUGGCGGACAAGCUGGACAAACGAGAGGAACAAGCGAAAGAAGAGUUGGCAAAGAGCAACGGAAAGAAGAAGAAAAAGGAUGAUCCGAAGCCAGAACUACCAUUGAGCUUUCCGGGCCACGAGAACAUGCCACACGUGGCCAACUGUCUGCAACUGCAACAGAACGAACAGUACGGGCGGCAUGUGGUCACCACUCGCCGGCUGAAGGUGGGCGAUGUGGUGAUGCUGGACACGCCGUUCGUGAAAACGCUGCACGAUCCGCUCCGGCAUGUGCGGUGUGAUUUUUGUCACGCCGAGCGCCCAUUCACCCUGAUACCGUGUGAAGGGUGUACCUGGGUGAUGUACUGUUCGGCGGAAUGUUUGGGCAAGGCGUACAGCCAGUACCAUCGAUAUGAGUGUGGCGUCAUGCGGGACCUGUGGCGAGUGGCGGGAAAGUGUCCCAUGACGGCGGUACGCACCGUAGCCUCCGCGUUCGGCACGUUCGAUGACGAUCCGGACGCACUGCAAGCGCAUCUGGAUGGGUUGGAUGAGUCGCAGGUGAACGGAUUCACGAUGGACUGGCGAACGGCCACACCGAAGGACGUGUACAGCACGGUGCACGUGCUGUCGACCAACCAAGAGCGCCGACCGUUUAUGCAGCUGGUGUUCAAGGUAUACCUGGCGAUCAUUAAGGCCGGGCUACAUUGAUCGUACUCCUUAGUGUAAUUUUUGUGAACGCGUACGCCAUCUAGCGGCGGCGGGUUGAAGCUAGAUGCUGGCAUAAUUUAUCUGUCAAAAAACGUUUUGGGUCGAGGAGGCUAUAAUUUUACCCAAUGAUGGAUAGAGAUUGUAAGAUGGGGAAAAAUGUGGCCCAGCGCUUUGUAUCAAUGACGAUUUGUCCAACAACAACAAUUAACGGCCUACUUUGUUGCAAUUUAUAGGCGUAUAUCAACAUUUCAAACGGCAUACAAGUAGCCUGUUCAAAACUUGAUGAGACACCAAGCAUGAAUAAUUUUGACACAUAAAUUAUACCGACAUCUAGCUUGCGCUGGUCGCCGCCAGAUGCGCUAGUGAAAAUAAAAAUUACACUUGCGAGUACGACCAAUGUAGCCCGGCCUUUAUACACAAGCUCAUGCUGGAAAGGACUGAGCUGGGACCGCGGAGCCGGGCAAAGCCCAGCAUAGACAAGCUGCUGUUCGAUUUGAUCUUUCGCCACGUGCAAGUGUUACGAAUUAAUCGGCAAUUUUUGUCCUUCUACGAGCACCGCCCGGACAGGCAGCGGUUCCAGGCGAAAGAGUAUGGAACGGCAUGCUAUCCGUUGGUCAGCAUGUUUAACCAUUCCUGUGCGUCGAACGUACGGCGGCUUAUUUUGCGCGACGGCCGCUGCGCUAUGAUCGUUAUUCGCCCGAUCGGGCCGGGUGAACAGCUGUUCGAUAGUUACGGGUUGCAUCACUUUUCGUUUGAACGGUCACACAGACAAAAAGGCACGUUUGUAAUGUUCAACUUUGAAUGCUCCUGUGAAGCCUGUGCAUUGAAUUAUCCGACGCUAAAUCAAAUAGUUAACCAGCAGUCAAGAGCACCUAUGCCUAUGGCCGAUGCGAUGGAACUGUGCUCGUUUGAGGAAGCUUUGGAAACGCAUGACCCGAAGCUGGCACUAGAGGUGAAGGCUAAGCUGCAAACGGAUCUCAACCGCAGGGCACGUCGAUAUCCGUCGGGCGAAAUGAUGUUGAAAAUGUUUAAUUACGACUUUAGCCUUUUUGUUGCGUAUCAGUAUACGUCCGAGAGCUACAAGUACUGGAAGUACUGCAACCCGUGAGCCCAGAGAAUGCGGGUGCGUUUCAUUGAUAGGAGAUAACACGGUAGACAUGGUUUUACAUUCGAACACUUGCAUUAGACGUAAUGGCUGAGCAUAUAGAGCUGUGAAUAUGUACUGCCAAGCUGAACUAGAUAAUAGAAAUACCGGUACCAAAGGAUAUACCGUUCGAACGAACGAAUUGCAUUUGUUGAACUAAUGCGGAAAAAAGUGGUGAAUACAUUGAAUGAAUUCUUCGAAGCUUA